GCCGCGGGUGCGCGCGCAGGCCGGUCCCCUCCGGGCACGGACGGUCCUUUAUAGGCGCGCGAACCCCCACAGCUGCGGACAUGUCGGUGUCCCCCGUAAAGCGGCAGAAGAUGGAGUCGGCGCUGGACCAGCUCAAGCACCACACCACGGUGGUGGCCGACACCGGGGAUUUCAACGCCAUCGAUGAGUACAAGCCCCUGGAUGCCACCACAAACCCCUCCCUGAUCCUCGCUGCGGCUCAGAUGCCAGCAUACCAGAAACUUGUUGAUGAYGCUGUUGCCUAUGGGAAGAAGCUUGGUGGGUCAGAAGAGGAGCAGAUMAGAAAUGCUUCUGACAAGCUUUUUGUGUUAUUUGGAGCUGAAAUCCUGAAGAGGAUACCUGGCCGUGUGUCCACAGAAGUAGAUGCAAGGUUGUCCUUUGAUAAGGAAGGAAUGAUUCAAAGGGCAAGGCGCCUCAUUGACCUCUACAAGGAAGUAGGAAUUGGUAAAGAUCGGAUUCUCAUCAAGCUCUCUUCAACGUGGGAAGGAAUCCAGGCUGGCAGGGCUCUGGAGGCUGAGUAUGGGAUUCACUGCAACAUGACCUUGCUGUUCUCCUUUGCUCAGGCUGUUGCCUGUGCUGAAGCUGGAGUUACUCUGAUUUCCCCAUUUGUGGGACGGAUCCUGGAUUGGUAUGUUGCAAAUGGAGACAAGAAAAGUUUUGAGCCUUCAGAGGACCCAGGAGUAAAGAGUGUCACCAAGAUCUAUAACUACUACAAAAAGUUUGGCUACAAAACAAUCGUGAUGGGCGCGUCGUUUCGCAACACGGGUCAGAUCAAAGCACUCACUGGCUGUGACUAUCUCACCAUUUCACCCAAGCUCCUGGCAGAGCUCAGCAAAGAGCAUGUCAAGUUAGCUCCCACACUCAGUGUCAAAGAGGCUCAGGCGUGUGAUCUGGAGAAGAUCCACCUGGAUGAGAAGGCAUUCCGCUGGCACCACAAYGAAGACCAAAUGGCUGUGGAAAAGCUCUCYGAUGGGAUCAGGAGAUUUGCUGCAGAUGCAGUUAAGCUGGACAGGAUGUUAAAGGAGAGAAUGUUCAGCACUGAAAAUGGAAAGUAACAAAAAAAAAAAAAAAAAAAAAAAAAAAAAAAAAAAAAAAAAAAAAAAAAAAACCAAAAAAAAAAAAAAAAAACAAAAAACAAAAAAAAAAAAAAAAGAAACAGCAUUUCCCUGAGUGCUCCAGGCUGAGGUGGAUCACCUGAAGUUCAGUGGAUGUACAAAAGUCUUACCUGUACAAAUAUCAUGCUGUUUAUGGAUAGAUUUAAUGCUUUUUUUUUUUUUUAAUCAAUUUGCAAAGGGAUAAAUGGAAUUUCAAAUUUUUGUGGCACUUUUGUCAAUAUAUGCACAUUAAAAGAGACUUGCCUUGUAA